AUGGCAGUCUGUCACGUCACGUCCAGCAGGCGCACCACCAGCGACGGUCCAUUUGAGGCGCCGUCGACUACAUCCGUCCCGCCGUUUCUAUUUCCCCGCCUCUCUGCUUCCCUGCCUCCCUGCCGCUCCCUUGCGCCUCGAAGCCAACCCAGCCAUCUGAGGUGUCUCUCACACCCGGCCUCUUUGGAAGCGCAAUCACAGCGUGCCGAUCUCCUGCGCAGACCUCCCCAUCCCCUCGCGCGCCUCUUCUCCCGCCCAUCCCCCUCACCAUCGUCCACCUGGCUGCCCCCCUGGCAGCACAGGGAGCACGCGCAGGGCAGGGUGCUUCUGGGGGAGACGGGGCAUGUGCUGACGGCAGCUCUCAUGCACCAUACUGCUGUGCAUGGGUGUGAUGGUGAUCACGCUGCAUACCACAUGCGCCAGCGCCACCGGGACAAGCACCGCAUCCUCACGGCCUUUGCCCCGCCGCCGCCCUCAAGAGCUGGUGCCCGCAGACUGCAAGAGUCGCCUGCAACAGCAGCAACAGGUGCUGCCAGCGGCGUUGCAGCGUUUGACCUGGGAGGCCGAACCAUUCCAUAUGGGCUGUACUAUUUGAACGUGUCACUCUCAUCGCCUGCGCGUUCCUUCUCUGUCGUCUUUGACACGGGCAGUGACAUGCUGUGGGUGCCCUGUGACUGCAUCCAGUGUGCCACCGACUCCUCCCUCGUUCCCCUGAGCGCCCCCUACCGCCCAGAGAACUCGAUCACAGCACAGCCCGUCAGCUGCAGCAGCCCUCUCUGCCCCACCGGCCGCCCCAACAUCGGCUGCGGCGUUGCCCCCAACCUCACGCGCACUCCCAGCACCGUCUCUCGCUCUGCUCAGCAGCCCGCCACUCCCACAAGCAGCUCAGCCUCUAAUCAGCCUUUUGCUCCCAUUGGGGUGGUUCCAGAGCCUCUACCGCUCUCAACCUCCUCCAAUGCCUCUGAUUCUCUGUCGGACUCCCUGCCCCAGCCUGCUGCUGCUGAUUGGCCCUCCCCAAGUGACACGUGUCAGUAUGUGAUUCGCUAUGGGGAUGGCAGCAGCACGGAGGGGACUCUGGUGACUGAUGUGAUUAACCUGAGUGUGACACAAGCAGGGGCUGGUGCAGUCGCAGCUGCCACAUCAGCGUCGUCUGUGCCAGGUGGCAGCCAGUCAUUGGCGGAGGGGUCGUCAGGAAGUGGGAGCAGCGUUGUGAGCCCACGGGUGCUGUUUGGCUGCUCGUCACUCCAAACAGGCACGCUCAUCAGCAGCCCCUUCUCAGUGGAUGGCCUCAUGGGCUUUGGCUCCGGCCCUCGCUCCGUCAUCCGCCAACUCUCCUUCUCGCCCUCAGCAGCAAUAGCAGCAGCACCAGAGGCAGCAGGCACGGGAGCAGGAGCAGGUGCAGGGCAGCAGGAAGCGGUGAUGCCGUUUGCCUUCUCCUUCUGCCUGGACGGGGGGGACACGGGGGGAGGCCACCUGGCCAUUGGGCGGUCGGAGCAACCCGCAGACAUGCAGACAGCAGCGCUGUGGCACGUUGAUGGACUCCCAUACCACUACAUCAACAUCACUGGCAUGAGCAUCGGAGGCCGCCAGGUGACGGGCGCUGAUUCGCUGUCAGCAGUUGACGCGGCCAGCCUGGCAGGCGGCGUCAUCAUUGACAGCGGCACCACCUUCACUGCGCUGCCUCCCGCUGUCUACACCUCGCUAAAAGAUGCGGUGUUCUCCGACCCGCUUCUUUCUGCCUUCGCCGAUCCCACCCUCGGGGAUUGCACCCUCUUUCCCAGCAACUCCACCCUCUUUGAUUCAGUCUUUCCAAGCCUCUUAAUCAGCUUCGGCAACACGACUUGGGCUGUUCCACCCACCAACUACCUCUUCCUUGGCGGCUACAUGGAGCGCACCGGCAUGGCACUGUUGUGCCUUGCGGCUCUCCCCAUCUCCUCCUCGCGUGUGUCCGCCAUCAUUGGAGAGUCGUGGCUGCAGAACUUUUACAUCCUCAUGGACGAGGAGAGAGGGCUGUUCGGCUGGCAUCCCCUCAACUGCUCUACCGGCCAGGAGCUUUUCCGAACAUCACUUCCGCAAGAGGGUAAACCUGCACCUGCCACACCCAACACCACAGCACCCAGCCGUGGCCAUGGGCCAGAGAGUGUGCGCCCAUCGACUCCGAGUCAAGGCUCACAAGGCGAACCACUGUCGACACCAGAGGCAAAGGCCGCGCCUGACCCUCCGCUUUCCUCCACAUCCGUCAACCCGCCCGCGCGUCUCGUUCCUUCCUCCCUCCUUUCACUUCCUCAUAACCCUCGGCUCCGCCUGCUCUUCCGCUUCCCCGCACGUCCGUCAACCCGUCCGCGCGCCUGCUGUCCCGCGCAGGUGGUGACUGGCGAGGUUGAAGGCACAGGAAACAGGGAUUAA